AGACGAGUUUGCACCAGAUCGAUUCCCAGUACUGUUAGUCAUCACCAUCGAAAUGGACAAGUCAGGUAAAGAAACAUUUCUUUGGAAAACGAGAUAUCUGUCACGACGAAUUUAGAAUUGGUAUUAUUCCGCACGAUAAAGUCCCAUUGUUUUUAGGUAUGUUAAUAUAUUUAAUGUUAAGACCGAUUUACCUUCCGUUUUCUUGUGCUGCCCUGGAUGGACACAGGCGACUCACCUGAGUUUUGGAUGCAAUAAACAUGUCGACGAAUGCAUGACAGAGAAGCCCUGCGAUCAACUCUGCAGAAACCUACCCGGAACCUACGAGUGCCACUGCAGGCCCGGUUUCCAACUACAAAAAGACGGCCAGUCUUGUCGAAAGAAUGCAAUUCGCGAAAGGAAGGAAGAGAGACACAGAAACGACGGAAAUGACCGUCAAGGUUGCAUCGGUUGUUGAAACCAUCAAUGAAAUGAAGAGAUCUAUCGAAAAUGUGCAACUGAUGCAGCAGGAGAUAUAUGAAAUGAAGAGCAAAUUAAGAGAAUACGAAUUGGAAACAAGAAAAAUGCAACACUUAACAAAUAGAGUAUUAGAACUGGAAAAUCGUUUAAGAUUGCGUUGCAGAUCAACAAUACCAAUGAACAGUGGCUCAAUGAAGUUUUAACGUUAAUACAGCAAACGAGAAGAGUGUCAAAAUGUUGAACAUUUUCAAUAGAUAUAAUAUUUAUAAGAAAAAAAAAACAUGCUAUCACUGCCAUCUCUUUAGCUUUUAUGAUAUUUUAGAAUGUAGUAGACUUUAAAGUAUAAUAAAACUAUAACUUAAGCAAUGUUUGUGAUUAUCUGUAUUCAGCUUUGUAAUAAAAUAUAGAAACUAGAAUGAUGUUUAUCGAUUUUGAAGAUCACAGAUUUGCAAGAAGAGUAAUAUAACAUUUUCCUACAAUAGAAUUUAUUUUUGUUACAAAUAAAAAAGGGAAUAGCAUUAGUCAAUGCUAUUCCAAUUACACAUAGAUUUAUCUACUUUUGCUUCAUUCCUCUCUUCUGCCUCCUAGUUAAUCUUUUAUGUGACCUAAAGUUUCCUUUCUGUGAUUUAGCUCUACCCUUCUUAUGUUUUGCAAUUUUUCGUUUGUUCAUCCAUAGAGGAUAAUUACCAUAUUGAUCUCUCAUUGUUUUUUUAUUAUAUACCCUUCCAUCUGUGUCUACAUCCAUUGUCUCACCAUUUGUUUCAGUGUUAUCAUUAGCUUGUUCAUUUUCUUUUGCUUGUUCAUCUUCUUUUGCUUGUUCAUUUUUUUUUGCUUGUUCAUCUUCUUUUGCUUGUUCACUUUCUUUUAUUGUUUUAGCAUCAACAACUUGAGACAAAAAUAAUAUCUAGUUGGAACUGUUAUACAAGAAUAAUGGCAUAUUAAAAAAUAAUGUGCCCUACCUGUAGCAAUUUUUGAUAUUUCAUUCAUUUCAAUGUCUUGUGUUCCAUUCUCAUCAAUACCUAAUGUUUUUUUUAAUCUUUCUAAUUCUUUUGCUCCAUAACGUUCCCUUUUGAUUGCUCUACACUUUCUCCUCCAUUUACUACGCAAUGAUUUUGCCAUUUUGUUUUUAUAUAUUUACACUAUUUUUAUCUAGAAUUAUUUUGAAAAAUGCAUUAGAUGAGUAC